AUGGAUUUCUUCUUUCUAGCGGAACUCAUACUCUACCCGCCACUCUUUCUCGUCGUCCUCUUCGUGGCCCGGUGCCACUGGCCUAACGGAUUCCUGGGAUGGCUUGGCUUGUCCAUCUUCUGUCUGGUCCACGUUAUUGGGGGAGCCCUGGGCACAAAUCAAAGCACCAGCAGCAGCGCAAAUCUAGUGGAAGUCACAGUCAUAUCUGCUCUAAUGAUGGCGACCGUCGGAUUGGUACAGGAAGGUCGCCUGUUUCGACACCCGGUCCGGGAUAACUGCUGUCUCUGGUUUCCCGUUUGUGGCUUAUACAUUUUAAUCGGCACUUCAACUGUGAUCGCCGGGACCGGGAUCUACAGGAGAGAUGCUGCUCUGGUCGGGGUAGGUUCUCUGGAGGGCUCCACACCGGCUCCGUCCUCUCAUGCUGGCUCGAAACUCCUGGUCGGCUGCACGAUUGCCGGGCUGUGCGUCACCAUUCGCCUGGUCUCCAUGAUCUGCCUAGUCUUUGCCCCAGUUCCGGAGAUUGAUUUGGCCAGCCAGACACUACCGUUCCGCUUCGGGCUGUUCUUCGGGCCAGAGGCCGUGGCAACGUUGACACUAGUUCUCGUUGGACUCCCGCAUUGGGAGCAUGACGUCAUUAACCGAGGCAGCCAAUCAGCGCCUUUGUUUGGGUCUCUUCUCUUCGUCUGCGUUCUCGCGAUGGCCUCAACGCCGGUUGUCAUCCCGGCCUCGUUCUCGCCGCCAGCAGCAUUGACACUGAUCAACCGCUACGAUGAAGGUUGGCACUCCCUCUGUCGGCUCCAUAGAGAGAAUGAGAUCGAAAUCCGGCUGUCGAACAUGCAGGUAAACGCUUCUCUGACCCACUAUCCCGUACCAUCCCCUACCCCUAUUGCCCAACUAACAACACCCCAAACCGCAAGGACUCGUCGUGUUAAAUGUGGAGAGGAACGACCAGAAUGCCGUCGAUGCGCAAGCACUGGUCGCAAGUGCGACUACCUCGCCCUGGUGGUUCGCUCCCCAGGACCGCGAGCGUCUCCCGUCGAGAUCUCCCCCGUGCAGCGAGAACGACGCGCAUUCGAGUAUUACUUUUAUCAUGCCGCCCCCGCCCUCUCAGAUGCUCUGGACCUGUCUUUUUGGCGAGGCGCGGUGCUUCAGAUCUCGCGCUCGGAGCCGGCAGUCUGGGACGCCGUGGUGGCGCUGAGCACCUUCUAUCGCUUCCCGCGCAGCCUACAGGUUGGUCUGAACCAACCUUCUGUCUCGCGGAGUCGAUCCCAGCAGGAGGGCCUGGGUUGGUAUUCCCGAUCUCUCGAGAGCAUCCAAACCCGGAUUCUGCGAGGGAAAGCCGGUCUGGCUGUCGCCCUCGUUAGUUGCAUUCUCUUCGCCUGUAUUGAAAUCCUGCAGGGAAACAUGCAAGCCGCCAUGGUCCUAUAUCGGCAGGGCAUGCAGCUGAUGCGGGCUGCACCGGCCGAACAAUUGAUGCAUCUGUUCCCAAUUAACAUGGCAGCACGCGUCUUUGAGCGUUUGGGCCCGUUGGCUCGGAUGAUGGGAGGAAUCGCUUACUUCCCCGACCAUCUCGAUCACGGCGACACCCUCGUGAGUGUCCAGAAUAUGCAUGCAUCUUUGGAUGUUGCCCGAGGCAGCCUUUACGGCCUAGUGACAAAGUGGAAAAUUCUCGACGACGACUGGAAAGCGGUUCGUCAUCACCCCAAUACAAGAGAGGUUCCUAGCGUCAGAGAAACGCUCCACAGACGCCAAAAUUCCCUGGAGCGUGAAUUCGUCGCAUGGUAUCACCGAUUCGAGUCCAUGGAGGAGGUGGCUCGAUACAUCAGCACAUCUGGCUCAAAGUCUGAUCCUAGUAUCCACGACGGGAUCAUCGCGUCGUUACUGGUGACAUACACGACAUUCCUACUUUCCACUCAAACGUGCCUCAGUCUGACCGAGUCGGUGUAUGAUGCUUACGAUCAGGAAUUUGCCCAGAUCGUCGCCCAUGCUCCGGUGGCGCUGGCCGCCACUGCUCGCGAGGAUGGGCAUCAGCCCCCGUUUGUUUUUGACAUGGGCGUUGGGAUGUCCCUGUUUGUGACGACGUUAAAGUGUCGGAACCCGUUGCUGCGCCGACAAGCUCUAGAAUUCCAGCUUCGUGGACCUCCGCGACAAAGUCUCUAUGUGGGUGCCUCAGCCGCUCAGCUGCUCGCUGCCGUCAUCGCGCUGGAGGAGACGGGGAACUCGUCGGGUGAAAUCCACACGACGGAUUUAUUGUCCCGCCCAGGAUGCAUUCCAUCGGAGGAAAGUCGCGUUGUCGACUUCUCUCUUGUGUCGUCGGAAGCCCCUACGCAAAGUCGGAUUCGAUGCUCCCGCUGGAAUGACGUUGGACAGAAGAGACAACUCGUCCACGAGGUGGUGAUGCUGUCUUCCGAGAGAUCGACGCCUCUUGGUUGA